AACAGGCCUCAGAUAUUUCUUCCCCGCCAUGGAUAACAAUAGUCACCAGACACAAGCCUUUAAACCCUCCCCCCAAAACCUCCAAAUCCAAAUAGCGUUUGUUAAAAUACCAGUCUCUCUUCCCCUCUGAUUCUUUUAUGCAUUUUUUCUUCAACUAAUCAAUGACUCUAUUACCCACUCGCCAAUUCCAUCCAGCAACAACAACAAAAUCAACCUUCUUGGAUUCGUUUCAAACCCGUCUCUCCAAGUUCCAUGGCCUCCCUCUCCCUUUUUGCAGUUAUGAUUCAUCAAAUUUCCCUCUCAAAACCUCAACUUUGUAUGCAGCCAACUAUACUGUCACUUCAAACUCACUAUUUCACCAAUACCCGAAAAGCAAAACCAAAGCUUUUCCCACCAAGGAUCCUACCUUUAGAAGUAAUUGGUUAGAUAGUUGGAACAAAACCCACAAAGGAUUUGGGCCUAGACCACCCAAAACAGUGUUCAAUUAUAGAAAAAAGGGGGAUGUAUGGAGCUUGUCUUAUUCUCAGAGUGAUAACAAUGGGAGGAGUAGUAGUAGUACAAUGGAGAAAAUAGUGGAGAAAUUGAAGAAAUUUGGAUACAUUGGAGAGGAAAAUGAGCAGAAAGAAAAGGGUGAGGAAGAGCCAAAGAGAGUGAUUGAAAGAGGGUCUAUAGAGGAUAUUUUUUAUGUGGAAGAAGGAAUGUUACCAAAUAAUAGAGGUGGAUUUUCAAAAGAGUCACCUUUGGGGAUGGAAAAUGUGUUUGGAAGUGAUGGGGAAGUGAGGUUUCCGUGGGAAAAGAGAAAGGAGGACGAGGAGGAAGGGGGGUGGACAGCGAGAAGAGAUAGUAAAACUUCGUUGGCAGAAUUGACUCUGCCUGAGUCUGAACUUAGGAGGUUAAGGAACUUGACGUUCCGGACGAAGAGUAAGGUGAGAAUUAAGGGUGCUGGUGUUACUCAGGAGCUGGUGGAUACAAUUCAUGAGAAGUGGAAGACUGAGGAGAUUGUCAGGUUAAAGAUUGAGGGGGCACCUGCUCUUAAUAUGAAAAGAAUGCAUGAGAUAUUGGAGAGAAAAACUGGAGGAUUAGUAAUUUGGAGGUCCGGGACAUCUGUUUCUUUAUAUAGAGGCGUGAGUUAUGAGGUUCCUUCAGUGCACCUGAGCAAACGAAUAUAUAAGAGAAACGAGACAUUUACAUAUGCCUUACCAUCCGUGUCUGAUAAAACUAAGGAUCUUUCUAGCUUGGGUUCUCAUAAAGAUGUGGUUUCACCUCAAGCAAACUCUGAAACUGCUGCUGAAGGGAAUAAAGAUACAGAAUCAUUGCCAGAAAUAAGGUAUGAGGAUGAAGUAGACAAGCUGUUAGAGGGCCUGGGUCCCAGGUACACAGAUUGGCCAGGAUGUAAUCCAUUACCAGUUGAUGCAGAUUUGCUUCCUGGAAUAGUUGCUGGGUAUCAGCCUCCAUUUAGAGUACUUCCUUAUGGAGUAAGAUCUUCUCUCGGACUAAAGGAAGCAACAUCUUUGAGAAGACUUGCCAGAGUUCUUCCUCCACACUUUGCUAUAGGUAGAAGUAGGCAGCUCCAAGGUCUGGCUGUGGCCAUGAUUAAAUUGUGGGAAAAAAGUUCUAUUGCAAAGAUCGCACUCAAACGAGGAGUGCAACUGACUACUAGUGAGAGAAUGGCUGAAGAUAUCAAGAAAUUGACAGGGGGCAUGCUUCUCUCUAGAAACAAGGACUUCUUGGUCUUCUACAGGGGAAAGAACUUUUUGUCACCAGAUGUUGCUGAAGCAUUAGUGGAAAGGGAGAGAUUGGCAAAGUCCCUACAAGAUGAGGAGGAGCAAGCACGGUUAAGAGCAUCAGCUUUUCUUGUCCCAAGCACUGAAGUGGCUGAGCAAUCAGGAGCUGCAGGUACCCUUGGAGAAACUUUGGAUGCAGAUGCUAGAUGGGGAAAGAGGUUGGACAAUCAUCAUAAGGAAAAGGUGAUGAAGGAAGCAGAAAUCUUGAGGCAUGCCAACCUAGUCAGGAAACUUGACAAGAACCUAGCUUUUGCUGACCGAAAGCUAUUGAAAGCUGAACGAGCCUUAACUAAGGUGGAAGAUUAUUUAAAACCAGCAGACAGGCAGGCAGAUCCAGAAAGCAUAACUGAUGAGGAAAGGUUUAUGUUUCGCAAGCUUGGGUUGAGGAUGAAAGCUUUCCUACUUCUUGGUAGACGUGGAGUUUUUGAUGGUACUAUAGAAAACAUGCACUUACACUGGAAAUACAGGGAGUUGGUUAAGAUCAUCAUGAAGGCUAAAACUUUUGACCAGGUAAAAAAGGUUGCAUUAGCACUUGAAGCUGAAAGCGGUGGAGUUUUGGUUUCAGUUGAUAGAAUCUCCAAAGGAUAUGCCAUAAUUGUAUACCGAGGAAAGGAUUAUCAGCGACCUUCUACAAUAAGGCCAAAGAAUCUUUUGACAAAGAGGAGGGCUUUGGCACGUUCAAUUGAGCUUCAAAGACGCGAGGCUCUCGUGAAGCAUGUUUCAGCUCUGCAGGCUAAAGUGGAUAAAAUAAGAUCUGAAAUAGAUCAAAUGCACAGCAUGGAAGAACAAGGAGACGAGGAGUUUUAUGACAGAUUAGAUUCUUCAUAUCCUACUGAUGAUGAUGACACAGAGGAGGAAGGAGAUGAGGCAUAUCUUGAGACAUAUGAAAGUGAAAAUGAUGCUGAAGAAGAAAAUGAUGAAUUGAUUCACAAUCUCCACUUGGAAACAAAAUUUCCUUUCCAUGACCAACAUCAUCAGGAGUCAGGAAUAGAAUCUGAUGUUCCUUAAGCAGUUGCAAACACAUUUUUCCUCACAUCAAGCUAAGAAACUAAGUAGAGACAACAGAUGAUUUGUCAAAUUAGUGGGGAAGCAAUAGAAGAUCAAUGCUUCUUAGAGCUUUGUCAUCAUGUACAGAUCUUUUGGGGCAGAUUAUUAUGUAGAUAUAAAAGCUAUGCAAGACUUCUAUCCUCUCUGGUUAUGAUUUAUAA